UCAUAUCCUCUUCGCCUUGAAAGGAUCGAGGGAGCGAGGGAGGGAGUUCGACCGAUGGGUGGAGGAGCCAUGCGAGCAGCUGCGAAGGCCGCGGCCCUCGGCGGCUACCGGUCGGUUGGUCCGUUCGCCGGCCAUCCUGCGGCGUGGAGGGCUCCCAAGCCCGCCUCCGCGGCCAUCUCCGCCGCGGCCGGUUCCUCCAACUCCAUCGGUUCUUCCGAGAAGGGCCUCCGGGAGGUGGCUUCGGUCUCUGUGAUCCACGGCCCGGCGGGGGACAUUCACGAUUGGGAGUUCUCCGGGUGGGGGGGAGAGGAGCAGGAGGUUGUCCUCGAUUCGCUGCGUCCGGCCCCGAGGCUCGUGUGCGGGCCCGUGCCGUCGCUGGAGGAGGCCAAGGAGGCGACUUCCGAUCUGAAAGAUGCCCUUGAGAAAGUAAAUUUCUCUACAAGCACCAAUGAGUCUGCCAUAAAAGUUCCUUUUGAGUCUACCUGCUAUGAAGCUUCAUAUGUCAUUCCAUCAAUGCCAAGACGUGUUGUUCAGGCAUUUUCACUAUUGCAAGGAAGCCCUGAAGCUCAGGAUGUGGUUGCUUCACUUGCUUCUGACAAGAAUGUUUGGGAUGCUGUAAUGAGGAAUGAGAAGGUUAUGGAAUUCUUCAGAACUCAUCAGUCAAUAGUUCUCCAUCCUGAAUCAAAUGCUGCUACAGAGGUGCCUCUAGCUGAUGGCAACCCUCGAUCUUCUACUGCUGAAGCAACCACAAACUCGGCAUUUGUGGAUUUUGUGCGCAACAUCAAGGUUAUAUUGGCAGAGAUGGUUAGCAAUAUAUCCAGCUUCCUUCAAGAACUUCUAGGGACCUCACCAGGAACUUCCAGCUCGCCCAGCACAAAGACUAGCCACAACACUGAUGAUCUCUCUGCCAACUUUGAUAUGGGAGCAUCCUUUGUGGCCCUAGCAGUUGCCACAAUUCUGGUUGUCUUGCUCAAGCGAGGAUAAUUUAUGCUGUAAGAAUGCACUAUAAAACUCCCUCCACUUGUUUGUUUGGUCACCUUUUAAUUUUGUCAAUAUAGUUCCACAUGUAUUAACUUCAUCAACAGUUCUUGGUUUAAAUGCUCUGAAAUGGGUUAAUAUUACUUGUA